CCCGCGCGCGUGCGGGCGAGCGAGCGAGCGAGCGAGAGCUGGGAAUCAAGCGAGGAGGAGGAGGAGGAGUAGUGAGGCAGCAGUAGGAGAAGAAGGAAGGUGAAGAGAAAGGACAUACGCGCAGAGAAAGCAGCUCACGAGAGACAGCAGGGGAGGAAAAAACAAAGUUUACACCCUCUGAAGCUCCUCUGCCUCUCCCACCCACCUCUUCCCGUGGCGGGCGCUGCUGGCGCAGAUGGGAGUUUUACCUGGAAUGACAUAAGUUGGGGCUUCGCUUCCGCCCCCCUCAAGCCGCCGCCGCCGCUUUCUUCUUAGAAGAAGAAUACGAUCUGCCGGGUCCAGCGCUCUCCCCCCCACGCCCUCCAGGAACGAGCGGCGAUGUGACAGCCAGGGGCAAACCUUUUCGCCCGCGCUCUUUGCGGAGAGCUGUCACCAAGAAGGCUGAUCGGAGUGGACUUUCCGUUUCCAGUUGCACGGCCCCGGCCCCCCAGAGAAAGAGGCUGGAACUGCUGUUGCUCUUUGCCGCUGCUGCCGGGGCUUGCGUGUGAGACAGUUGCAACCUCCUUCCCAGUCUCAUCGCUCUCCGCUUGCAGGAUUUAAGCCCAAAUCCCCUCCAGAUCCACCUUCUUGAGUUGCCAUUCUUUCCUCAACGACCAUUGUCAGUCCCUUUGAAUCGAGGCUGGAGGGACUUGCCUCCUCCGGCCAUUGCACGUCGUCGGGGGUGGUGGAAAAAUGAAGGGGGAAGUUGAAUGAUGUGAUGCAAAUUGAGUAAAUACAUGCCAUGGUUUGGAACAAGUGGCUUAAUUUAUGGAGACCAAAGGCUAUCACAGUUAUCCAGAAAGCCUAGAUAUGGAGAGACGCUGGAAUCAAGGUUCUCAGUCUAUGGAGUAUACUUCUGCAGGAGCAGACGAGCCAGCUGAAUCGAGUAAUAAUUAUAUGGAGAUUGUAAAUGUGAGCUGUGUUUCUGGUGCUUUUCCAAAUAGCAGUGCUCAAGGAAGCAACAAAGGAAAACCUGAACUACUUUCUUGCCUUCAGCAAGACCAUAAUCAGCCUAGUAUUUCAACCUCUGAUAUAAAAACUGAGUCAGACUCAAAGGAACUUUCGGCAACGGUAGCUGAAUCAAUGGGUUUGUACAUGGAUUCCGUAAGAGAAGCUGAUUUUUCCUAUGAUCAGCAAAAUCAACAAGGAAGCAUAAAUCCUGGGAAGAUGUAUCAAAAUGUUGAACAGUUGGUCAAGCUAUACAAGGAGAAUGGCCACUGCACUUCUCCCUUGAAUGCCCCAAGUAGGCCCCUGAGACCUCUAAUAUCAGACUGUGCUAACUCUGUGAAUGGAGGCAUCAUGCCAGCAAUUGUCAAAAGCCCUAGAAUAUGUCAAGAGAAAAGUCCUCCUGACUGUAGCCCUCAAAACCUGACUUCUUCAGUGUGCAGCCCGCCUGGAAUUAAUUUUGUAUCAUCAACCACACCUACUAACUACCAGGGAACACCUUUGUCAUGUUCACCCAACAUUGAAAACCGAAACUCAAUGUUACACAGUCCUCCACAAGCAAGCAAUGUGGGGUCCCCUCUUUCUAGUCCCAUAAGUAGCAUGAAAUCACCAAUUUCGAGCCCUCCUAGUCACUGUAGUGUGAAAUCUCCAGUUUCAAGUCCUAAUAAUAUUAUCAUGAGAUCCUCAGUAUCUAGUCCUGCAAAUAUGAACUCAAGGUGCUCUAUUGCCAGCCCUUCCAAUGCCAAUAAUAGGUCUACUCUUUCUAGUCCAGCUGUUAGUACUGUGGGGUCCUCUAUGUGUAGUCCAGUAAAUGGUGCACUAGCCUUUCCUGCAUCUAGCACACCUGUUGGACCUGGUACAGGCCAAGAUGUCGAUCCUAGUCCAGAUACAAAAGUCAAUAAAGGUGCUUCAGAAAUUAUGUUUCCUAAAAUAGAGGAAAUGGAAAAUGCCAUCUCUAACAAUGAAGUAGCUAAUCAAAUGAAUCUUGUUCAGUUUAUAAAACCUGAACCAGAAGGGGUAUUCAGUAGCUCAUGUCUUGAAGAAAACAGCAAAAUCAAUUCUGAUUCCCCAUUUUCAGUAUCAAUAAAGCAAGAAUCAGCUAAACGUUCUUGUUCCGGUGCUUCUUUUAAAGGGAAUCAGACUGUAAAUCCAUUUCCAUUUAUGGAUGGGUCAUAUUUUUCUUUCAUGGAUGAUAAAGACUACUAUUCUCUUUCUGGGAUUUUAGGACCACCUGUUUCAUCAUUUGAUGCCACAUGUGAAAGUAGUGGAUUUCCAAAUCCAGGCCUGUCUGUAGGAAUUAAACAGGAGCCUGAAGAGAGUAGCUAUUAUCAAGAGAAUAAUCUGCCAUCUUCUGCCAUUGUUGGUGUGAAUUCAGGUGGACAGUCAUUUCAUUAUAGAAUUGGAGCUCAAGGCAGAAUAUCUUUAUCUCGACCUGUUGGUAGAGAGCAAUCUUUUCAGCAUAUGAGCUCAUUUCCUCCAGUAAGUACUCUAGUGGAUUCAUGGAAAUCACAUUCUGAAUUGUCUGCCAGAAGAAAUGAUGGGUAUCCAGUUCUAGAAUACAUUCCAGAAAAUGUGUCAAGCUCCUCAUUGAGAAGUGUAUCGUCCGGUUCCUCAAGGCCUUCCAAAGUGUGUUUGGUGUGUGGGGAUGAGGCAUCUGGAUGCCAUUAUGGAGUUGUUACAUGUGGCAGCUGUAAAGUCUUCUUCAAGAGAGCAGUGGAAGGUAAAUCCUCAUGGCAGCACAAUUAUUUGUGUGCAGGGCGGAAUGACUGUAUAAUUGAUAAGAUUAGAAGGAAAAACUGUCCAGCUUGCCGAUUACAGAAAUGUCUUCAAGCGGGAAUGAAUUUGGGAGCUCGGAAAUCAAAGAAGCUGGGCAAGUUAAAAGGAAUCCACGAAGAACCGCAGCAGCAGCAGCAGCCACCCCCACAAAGUCCAGAGGAAGGGACUACGUAUAUUGCUCCAGCAAAAGAACCUUCUGUAAACACAGCACUUGUUCCUCACUUGGCUCCAGUUUCACCAGCACUUACUCCCUCCCCUGUUAUGGUCCUGGAGAACAUUGAACCUGAAAUUGUAUAUGCAGGAUAUGAUAGUUCCAAGCCAGAUACAGCUGAACACCUGCUCUCCACUUUAAACCGUCUCGCUGGGAAGCAGAUGAUUCAGGUGGUAAAAUGGGCAAAGAUACUUCCAGGUUUUAGAAACUUACCUCUCGAGGACCAAAUUACUUUAAUCCAGUAUUCUUGGAUGUGUCUAUCAUCAUUCGCCUUGAGCUGGAGAUCAUACAGACAUACAAACAGCCAGUUCCUCUACUUUGCACCUGAUUUAGUCUUUAAUGAAGAGAGGAUGCGCCAGUCUGCAAUGUUUGAAUUGUGCCAGGGGAUGCACCAGAUAAGCCUUCAGUUUGUCCGCUUGCAACUUAGCUUUGAAGAGUAUACCAUAAUGAAAGUUUUGCUGCUAUUAAGCACAGUUCCCAAGGAUGGCCUCAAGAGCCAAGCUGCAUUUGAAGAAAUGAGGGCAAAUUAUAUUAAAGAACUGAGGAAGAUGGUAACUAAACACCCAAAUAAUUCUGGGCAAAGUUGGCAGCGAUUUUACCAACUCACAAAGCUCCUGGACUCCAUUCAUGAUCUUGUUAGCGAUUUGUUGGAAUUCUGUUUCUACACCUUCCGAGAAUCUCAAGCUCUGAAAGUGGAGUUCCCAGCUAUGCUGGUAGAAAUCAUCAGUGACCAGUUGCCCAAAGUGGAAUCUGGGAAUGCCAAGCCCCUCUACUUCCACAGGAAGUGACAGAAAUUGUCUUAAUGGAUAAAAACACAAAACUUUGCCUUAAGUUUCCCUGUGCUAUUCCACACCCAUGAAGGACCCAAGAAGCCACAUAUAAAAUACGUUAUAGAAAAUUGUUCAAAAGUACCUGCAUACUCUUAAAAACUAUAGGAAAUGUUUGGAGGACAGAAAGCAGUUUAUCUGAACUUGGUCAGACAAACUUGUCGAGAGGUUUGAGAACCAUCAUCCUUGCCCCUCCCCUUGCCCUCCAACACUUAGAACAUCAUGUUCCUGUUCCUCUGGAUGAAAAGCCAUAUCUAGUCAAAUAACUCUUUGAUUUUGAUAUUUUAAGAGUUGAACAUUUUAAAUAUGCCAUGUAGUUUCUGGUAUCGUUUGCUUGUUUUAAAAGGGUUCAAGGACUAAUAUGAACUUUUUAAAAGCUUACUGUUGGUUUGCACAUAAAACAAAGUCAAUAUGGGGCAUUAAUUCUUGUACUACACAAACACACACACACACACACACACACACACCCCUAUACACACAAAUUUCUGGAUGUGUAAAAUAAGUAAUGGAGCAUUUGGUGUGGAAUACUCUUGGUCUAUUCACCGGCGGCAUUUGUUAUCCCAUAUUAUCCAUCAUAGCUGAUCUACACUGUGUUAAGUGUUCAUUUAUUAUUUAACUUGAAAGGAUAAGAUGUUAAAACAAAUGCCUCAGUUUUGAUUUAUAGUAUCUAUUGUGCUGGCUUUACCAAUAAUUUUUUGCAGUCUUUUGCUGUACUGUACAUUGCUGUAUGUAUAAAUUGAAGGACCUGAAAAAAUGGUAUAAGGAACUUUUGUAAAUGAGACCUAAAAAUCUUUAAUGGUUAAUAGGAUGAAUGGGAAUGUAUUUUUGGAAGAAUUCUAUUUUGCUGGAGACUAUUUAAUUACUCUUUUUGUCUAAACAAGGUAAUUUUUUUUGUAAAGUGAAUUGUUCUGCAUGCAUAAUGAACCGUUUACAGUGUAUUUAAGAAAGGGAAAGCUGUGCCUUUUUUGCAUCAUAUCUAAUUUACCAUCUGACAGUGUCUCUUGUAAAUAACCACCCAUCACCAUUUUCAGUUGUACUUCCCAUUUGUUUCUGUCCCUCUUCAACCAUGUAUCCUUCUCUUUUCUGGUAUUUCUUUGCCGAUUUUACAUGACCUGAGUGCACCAGGUUUUGCUUCAUACCUCUUUCUUUGCAGCUUUAUGCACAUUUCAUCUACCAAGAUAAACUACAAAGGGCACAAGCCACCAGGAGGUUAUCCUGCACAGGUCCCAUCAAAGUGAAUGAAGCUGUGGUUGAGUGGAAAUAAUUGUCCAUUCAUUUCAGUGGAGGUUGCUCAAAACUGCUUUCUGGUGAAUUGUGUCCAGAGUCAGCACAGACAGUUCCAGGAUGAAAUGACAUUCUGCUCACCAGUCUGUGUAAUUCAGAAGCCAUGAUCCAACACACUGGCAAACCUAGGCUAAAAUCCUAUGACACUUUCCUGAGAGUAAGUCCUGUCGAACUCAGUGGGAUUUACUUCUGAGCAGACAUGUUUAGGAUUACGGUCCUUGAUUUCAGUGCAACUUUUGGUGCCUAAUUGUAUGCCAAGAUUGUGGCUAAACGGAGAAAGUUAUUUUUUUCUGUUAUUUUAAAUCUGAAAUGUACAUAAACUACAAACAUUUGGACUAUAAAUCUGAAUAUGAAUGCUUGAGAAAAUAAAAUAUCAAAUUCUAGGCAAAUUUGGAAUGAUGUAACUCAUUGUGGGGAAAAAAGGUGCUAUAUGAUAGGGGUUUUACACCUAGCCCAUAUUUGGAAUUACGAUCUUUAAUACAAUAUCCACAUAACUGUUUAUGCUUGCCACCUCAGUUAGUUAAAUGAUUUUAAUACUUUUACAAAUCAUCCCUAAAAUUCAACAAAUACUACAUUUACCUUUUAUAUCUGGAUUUUUCUCAAACUAAUUUAUGGGCUGACUUUAUACAGAUGCAUCUUUCUGGAGUGUCCCUGUUUAGACAUUGCAGUUUGAAAAAUUCCUGUGAUCAUUGAUAAUAACACAAAUGUAAAAAGAAUAAUACACGGGGUUUUAUUUCUCUGCACCUGUAUCUAGGCAAAUUUAUUUUAUCUGGGAGAGGUAAGAAGACUUAAACUGCAAUCCUAUGUACAUUUACUCAGUGGUAACCUCUACUGAGUUCAGUGGGGCUUACUCCCAGUUAGGUGCACAUAGGACUGCAGCCUUAGGUGUACUCAAGUUUUGGAUAUGCCCAGUGCAAUUUUUCCUGGCCUAUUGAACAUCAACUACUGUUGAAACUAUCUUCAGUUUCAAAUGUUAUUUGACAUGGAGAGGAGUAUAAGCCCCAAAUCUCCUUAGGCCAAUAAAUUUGUUCCUUGGAUCCUAGUGUUAAGUUCUCAACAAACAUACAUCAAAUUUCUGAAAUCUGAGUGUGUUCACACAUCUGAUCAACAAUAUGCAAACAUUUCUAGUAGUCUUUUUAAAUUGCACAUCUUGCUGAAUAGAAGACCUGCAUGAGGAUAUACUUAAAAUCAAUAAAAAUGUACAGAUAUAUUUGGUUGGGUCUUGAGAAAGGAAGUGGAAUUAGCCAUGACUUAGUUUCCACUGAAAUCAGUGGAACAUGACAUAGUUAAGAUCCAACCUGUUUUUUGCAGUUUUGGAAAUCCAUAAAACUACAACUUUGAUCUGCACAGCAAUAUGAAAGUUGCACUUGUAAAGUGACAAAAAUACACAGCAUGCAGAGUGGAUGUUUAUAAUAAAGAAGUGGUCACACAUCUCCCUUUCAUUUACUUAAAAAAAAAGAACCCAUACUGAAUUGGAAUUUCAAAGUAUGCAGUUUUGUGGUAAAUGCAGUAUGUGGCUGCUUUUUUAAAACAAGUGUUACUCAAUCCGUUUCUAUCUCUAAGUAAGUUUGCCUGAUUAAAAUAUUAAAGCCAUAUUCUUUUUUAAAAAAUCCAGUUAAGUGUCUGUCCCAAUUCACAUUGUUGUCUGAUUGCUCUUAUUUUUGUACCUUAUUGCAUUUACUCUUGGUUUGGUACAAUUCAUAAUUCACAGAUGUGUCGUAAGAAAAACACUAAAUUAGUUUUAAAUAACAAUUUAUAUCUUUAUGCAAAAUAUAUGUCUGUCUUUGCAAACAAUUGUAAGCAGAUUAUAAUAAACCCUUUACUUUAAUCACCUGUUUAUGAAACCAUUGAUUAUUGCUUAGAAAUCAUUAAAAUGAAAUUUAAAUGAAAAAGCAUGGUAUCAGGAGUACAUUGUACUUUAGAAUGACAUAGGCAUCUGUCUCCUGCAAAAUAAGAUGAACUUGAACUUCAAAAUGUCAAAAUGAUAAAUGGUGUUGAUUGAGUGUAAUGAUUUUGUGGCAAUGAAUGAAUGAAAUAUACAGCAAGAACAUUGUAUUCAUAAGUAAAUGUAAAAUAGUUUUAAUUUACUGCAGUGGGUAUUUCAAGAAUAAUAAUUGCAUUGCAGUGUGUAACCAUUUUGUUGCACAGAACAAAACAGCAAAAAGACUAAAAGCUUGCAAUAUCAAAAUCUUAAUAAAAUAUACUUUAUAAUCAAUAAUGCAAAAAUCUAAUUCACAGGGUGGUAUUUUCACUGACUUUUUAAAACAUUUAUGACUUUAAACCAUUCUACAUUUUAUGCACUUUUAAUUGUCUACUAUAAAUAUGACAUUUUGUAAGAGGGAGAGGGAGAGUGAAGUGGAGGAUACCAUUUCAACUGGCAGGGGGGUAACCGAUAGUGAGCAAGUGCAAUGCCAGGGUUCUCAGAUUGUUUCAGAGUUCAUGGAGCUGAAGAGCACAUUUCACUGGGAACUUACACUUGUGUAGGAAAAGUUUUUGGUGGGCUCUGUCCUAAUUAUAUUAUUACUGGAUGAAAACUAAAAAGCAGCCAGCAAGAUGGUGUGAAAGAGGAACAUCUAUGCAUAAUGAUGCAUUAAUAAUUAGAGGCUUGCUUCUGUAUGUUUAAACUUUUUGAAUAAAUAGAAAAUUACUCUUUGG